AUACUUAACCACUUUUCUUCUUCUUUACAGCUUUCUUGGUUUCUUUGAUGUCAACUCAUCAAAAAAAGCAUGGAGAAAAGGUUCACAAGGAGAUUUCAAAGCUCAAUUUUGUUAGAGAUGGAGCCAUUAAGUUACCUCCAGGGUUUAGGUUUCAACCCACUGAUCAAGAGAUAGUAUUUCAAUAUCUAAUUCGUAAGGUCUUCUCCUGCCCUCUUCCUGCUUCCAUCGUUCCUGAAAUUCUCGACAUUUGCAAAUUCAAUCCUUGGGACUUGCCUGGGGAUUGGGAGCAAGAUAGGUAUUUUUUUAGCAAGAACGAACCCAAGUAUGGUAAUGGGCAUAGAUCAAAUAGAGCAAGUGAGGAUGGAUAUUGGAAAACAACUGGUUUUGACAAACAGAUUACAAGGUGUUGUAGUAAUAACAAAUCGGAUUCAAGAAGAAAAGAGAUUAUUACUGGGAUGAAGAAGACACUUGUUUUCUACAAAGGCAAGCCCAUGCAUGGAGGCUCGACCACAAGAACUUAUUGGAUUAUGCAUGAAUAUCGCCUCGUUCAUUCACCUAAUUGCUUGCCAAAUACCAGCUCCAAUAAUGAUCAGCAGAGGUCAUGGAUUCAGAUGGGAAAUUGGGUCUUAUGUCACAUAUUCAUGAACAGAAGAAGUAAAGUAGGAGGUGCAGAAGGGAAGCCAUUAACAAGUGGUUUAACUCCACAGGAAGAGCUUCAUCAUCAUGGUUUUAUGUUGAGAAAUGACGGAAUGAAUGUCAAAUAUGAAUCAUCAUCGUCGUUGUCAUCAUCAUCAUCUUGUGGAUCAAGUGUGGUGACUCAUGAGGUUUCCUCAGUUAGGAAGUUAUUAGACGAUGAAGAUAUAUCAAGAAUAAUGUAACCACUUAAUGUAGUUUUUUUUUUUGUUUAACAUAUUAGGAAUUGAUUGUCAAUUUCGAAGGUGAUAUUCAUUUCGUCUCGAGAAAACUGUAAUAAUAUUCUUCGUCUUAAAUAAUUUGGGUAUUAAUUGGAA